AUGUGGACAACCAAGACUUUCUUGACCAAAACAAAACGCGGCAAUAUUUUAAAAAUUGUGAGAGAACACUACUUACGUGAUGACUUGUUGUGCGGCUCUGCUGCUUGUAACACAUGUCCGCAUAAAGAUGACGAAUUUGUACUAGAUGAUAAUCCAGAGUCAAUUUGCGCUUUGUUUGACUAUCCUCACUAUUUGAUUCUGGAUACUAACGUUGUAUUACACCAAAUAGAUGUGUUGGAAGAGGAUGCCUUGACCAAUGUGAUAAUACUCCAGACUGUGUUAGAGGAAGUAAAGCAUCAAAACACUGCUAUUUUCCAAAGGUUAUUGGAGAUUAUUGGGAAUAAGAAAAGAAAGUUUUAUUCUUUUGUUAAUGAACAUCAUAAAGACACUUACAUAGAAAGAAAUCCUGGUGAAAAACAAAAUGAUCGCAACGACAGAGCUAUUAGAAGGGCAUCAGCUUGGUAUGAGUCACACUUGAGUAUCAACAGUGUAGUAGGUCAAAUCCCCAAGAUUGUACUGCUUACAGAUGAUGAAAAAAAUAGGAAACUCGCACAAGAAAAUGGAAUUGUCUGUUGUUCAGUAAAGGAUUACAUUGAGAAUGUAACUGGCUUUGUCGGCCUGACAGACAAGUUAGCUAAGAAUGUUGCACCAGAGAGCUGCACUAGGGAUGCUUUGUACCCAGCUCACUUGACCCCUGCUCAGGUACAUGACGGCAUCAGAAAUGGCAAACUUCACCAAGGAGCUUUCCAUGCUUCCAGGGACAAUUUCUUAGAAGGCACUGCUAAUGUCAAUGGAUAUGAAAAACCUAUUUUACUACAAGGUCACAUUGGUAUAAAUAGAGCUGUGGACGGCGAUAUUGUCGCUAUAGAAAUAUUCCCUGAAGAAGAAUGGAGAAAACCCAGUGACAUAGUCUUAGAAGACAAAGCUGAUGAUCCAGGUGAUCUUCUAGAAGAAGAAGGGGUAUUGCUGAAUUCUGCAAAACCAGUUAAUAAGGCUGACGAUGAAAUUACGCCCACUGGGAAAGUUGUCGGAAUUAUAAGAAGGAAAUGGCGGCAAUAUUGUGGUAUUCUUUUGCCUAGCAAGUUGCCGGGAGCGACCCGCCACCUCUUCACUCCUGCGGAAAAAUGUAUUCCGCGCGUGCGCAUAGAGACACGUCAGAGUGAUUUGCUUGCGUCACAACGGAUACUUGUCGCUCUUGACUCUUGGCCUAGAAAUAGUCGGUAUCCGCUUGGGCACUUCGUACGAGCUCUUGGACCUAUAGGUAAUAAAAACGCUGAAAAUGAAGUGAUAUUGCUGGAGCAUGACGUUCCUCACGCUCGCUUUAGUGAGGCUGUGCUCGCUUGUCUGCCACCCGAUGAUUGGACCAUCCCGGAGGAAGAAAUAAAGAAGAGAGUCGAUUUGCGUUCCGAAUGCAUCUGUUCAGUGGACCCGCCGGGCUGUACGGAUAUCGACGAUGCUUUACACGCUAAAUCAAUCCCGGGUACCACCAACAAUGGUUUGAAGAAGUACGAGGUGGGUGUGCAUAUUGCUGACGUCACGUACUUCGUGAGACCCAACACUGCGCUCGACAAGGAGGCUGGGAAUAGAUCCACAACUGUGUAUCUUGUUGAUAGAAGGAUUGAUAUGGUCCCAGAUCUUCUCAGUUCCAACUUGUGUUCAUUGCGAGGCGGUGAGGAACGGUUGGCAUUCUCAUGUGUUUGGGAGAUCGAUGAAAAUGCCAAUGUGUUGAGUACUAAGUUCCACAAGAGUGUUAUUAAAUCAGCGGCAGCCAUGACAUACGAAGAAGCACAAAUAGCGAUAGACGAUAAAUCACGUAAGGACGCGAUAGUAUCAUCGCUGCGGAUACUCAACGCGCUCGCCAAGAAAUUGAAGAAGAAACGUAUGGAUAACGGUGCGCUGUUGCUGGCCUCGCCGGAGAUCAGGUUCCAGGUGGACUCGGAGACCCACGACCCGGUAGAGGUCCAAUCAAAGAAGAUAAUGGACACAAACUCCAUGGUGGAGGAGUUCAUGUUGCUGGCCAACACGAGCGUGGCGGAGAAGCUGGCGGCGGAGUUCCCGCAGUGCGCCCUGCUCAGGAGGCACCCCGCGCCGCCGCCCGCGCACUUCACCGCCUUCCUCAAGGCGGCGCGACAACAGGUACUAGUGCAGUGUACUACUGCUCGGGAGGCACCCCGCGCACUUCACCGCCUUCCUCAAGGCGGCGCGACAACAGGUACUAGUGCAGUGUACUACUGCUCGGGAGGCACCCCGCGCACUUCACCGCCUUCCUCAAGGCGGCGCGACAACAGUGUACUACUGCUCGGGAGGCACCCCGCGCACUUCACCGCCUUCCUCAAGGCGGCGCGACAACAGGUACUAGUGCAGUGUACUACUGCUCGGGAGGCACCCCGCGCACUUCACCGCCUUCCUCAAGGCGGCGCGACAACAGGUACUAGUGCAGUGUACUACUGCUCGGGAGGCACCCCGCGCACUUCACCGCCUUCCUCAAGGCGGCGCGACAACAGUGUACUACUGCUCGGGAGGCACCCCGCGCACUUCACCGCCUUCCUCAAGGCGGCGCGACAACAGGUACUAGUGCAGUGUACUACUGCUCGGGAGGCACCCCGCGCACUUCACCGCCUUCCUCAAGGCGGCGCGACAACAGGUACUAGUGCAGUGUACUACUGCUCGGGAGGCACCCCGCGCACUUCACCGCCUUCCUCAAGGCGGCGCGACAACAGUGUACUACUGCUCGGGAGGCACCCCGCGCACUUCACCGCCUUCCUCAAGGCGGCGCGACAACAGGUACUAGUGCAGUGUACUACUGCUCGGGAGGCACCCCGCGCACUUCACCGCCUUCCUCAAGGCGGCGCGACAACAGGUACUAGUGCAGUGUACUACUGCUCGGGAGGCACCCCGCGCACUUCACCGCCUUCCUCAAGGCGGCGCGACAACAGUGUACUACUGCUCGGGAGGCACCCCGCGCACUUCACCGCCUUCCUCAAGGCGGCGCGACAACAGGUACUAGUGCAGUGUACUACUGCUCGGGAGGCACCCCGCGCACUUCACCGCAUUCCUCAAGGCGGCGCGACAACAGGUACUAGUGCAGUGUACUACUGCUCGGGAGGCACCCCGCGCACUUCACCGCCUUCCUCAAGGCGGCGCGACAACAGUGUACUACUGCUCGGGAGGCACCCCGCGCACUUCACCGCCUUCCUCAAGGCGGCGCGACAACAGGUACUAGUGCAGUGUACUACUGCUCGGGAGGCACCCCGCGCACUUCACCGCCUUCCUCAAGGCGGCGCGACAACAGGUACUAGUGCAGUGUACUACUGCUCGGGAGGCACCCCGCGCACUUCACCGCCUUCCUCAAGGCGGCGCGACAACAGUGUACUACUGCUCGGGAGGCACCCCGCGCACUUCACCGCCUUCCUCAAGGCGGCGCGACAACAGGUACUAGUGCAGUGUACUACUGCUCGGGAGGCACCCCGCGCACUUCACCGCCUUCCUCAAGGCGGCGCGACAACAGGUACUAGUGCAGUGUACUACUGCUCGGGAGGCACCCCGCGCACUUCACCGCCUUCCUCAAGGCGGCGCGACAACAGUGUACUACUGCUCGGGAGGCACCCCGCGCACUUCACCGCCUUCCUCAAGGCGGCGCGACAACAGGUACUAGUGCAGUGUACUACUGCUCGGGAGGCACCCCGCGCACUUCACCGCCUUCCUCAAGGCGGCGCGACAACAGGUACUAGUGCAGUGUACUACUGCUCGGGAGGCACCCCGCGCACUUCACCGCCUUCCUCAAGGCGGUGCGACAACAGGUACUACUGCAGUGUACUACUGCUCGGGAGGCACCCCGCGCACUUCACCGCCUUCCUCAAGGCGGCGCGACAACAGGUACUAGUGCAGUGUACUACUGCUCGGGAGGCACCCCGCGCACUUCACCGCCUUCCUCAAGGCGGCGCGACAACAGGUACUACUGCAGUGUACUACUGCUCGGGAGGCACCCCGCGCACUUCACCGCCUUCCUCAAGGCGGCGCGACAACAGGUACUACUGCAGUGUACUACUGCUCGGGAGGCACCCCGCGCACUUCACCGCCUUCCUCAAGGCGGCGCGACAACAGGUACUAGUGCAGUGUACUACUGCUCGGGAGGCACCCCGCGCACUUCACCGCCUUCCUCAAGGCGGCGCGACAACAGGUACUACUGCAGUGUACUACUGCUCGGGAGGCACCCCGCGCACUUCACCGCCUUCCUCAAGGCGGCGCGACAACAGGUACUACUGCAGUGUACUACUGCUCGGGAGGCACCCCGCGCACUUCACCGCCUUCCUCAAGGCGGCGCGACAACAGGUACUAGUGCAGUGUACUACUGCUCGGGAGGCACCCCGCGCACUUCACCGCCUUCCUCAAGGCGGCGCGACAACAGGUACUACUGCAGUGUACUACUGCUCGGGAGGCACCCCGCGCACUUCACCGCCUUCCUCAAGGCGGCGCGACAACAGGUACUACUGCAGUGUACUACUGCUCGGGAGGCACCCCGCGCACUUCACCGCAUUCCUCAAGGCGGCGCGACAACAGGUACUAGUGCAGUGUACUACUGCUCGGGAGGCACCCCGCGCACUUCACCGCCUUCCUCAAGGCGGCGCGACAACAGGUACUACUGCAGUGUACUACUGCUCGGGAGGCACCCCGCGCACUUCACCGCCUUCCUCAAGGCGGCGCGACAACAGGUACUACUGCAGUGUACUACUGCUCGGGAGGCACCCCGCGCACUUCACCGCAUUCCUCAAGGCGGCGCGACAAGCCUCCUGGCGCUCACUACACUAG